GCGCCGCCCGGCUCGGCGGGCGGAGAACCGCAGCAGUGCCGCGGCCGGAGGGCAUGGCGGAGCCGGCUGCGCCCGUGCAGAUCCGGGUGGCCAAGCCGGAGGACGAGGACGAGGAGCGCCGGCCGUGCUCGACGCCGCCGGGCGGCGGCAGCUGCAGCGAAGACGAUUCCGGGCGGGGCGGCGGCGGCGGCGGGGAGAAGUCCAGUGAGAAUGACGGUGAUGAUUCUGCCCCCGACUGGAAGCCCCCGGAGCAUGAACUGAUCCUGAAGCUGGUGACUCAGAUAGAGUAUUACUUCUCCGAUGACAACCUUGCAAAAGACGCUUUUCUCCUGAAGCACAUCCGACGAAACAAGGUGGGGUACGUCAGUGUGAAGCUGCUGACCUCGUUCAAAAAGAUAAAACAACUGACUCGUGACUGGAGAACCACAGCUUACGCACUGAAAUAUUCUGACCUUCUGGAGCUGAAUGAAGAUGGCCGAAAGGUUCGACGAAAUGCCCCUGUUCCUGUGUUCCCGGGUGAAAACAUCCCAAGCCACAUGCUUCUCGUCUAUGACAUCUCCCUAACCCAUGAUCUCUGCCCUCUGGAUGGACAGGAGAACGGCGCAGUCCGAGAGAAGGUCAUGGAGCAUCUCCUCAAGACCUUUGUCCAGUUCGGUGUCAUUUUGUCCAUCCGUAUUCUCAAGCCCGGGAGGGAUCUUCCACCGGACAUCAAGAAGUUCAGUAGCCGUUACAGCCCCGUGGGGACCAAAGAAUGCGCCAUCAUAGAAUUUGAGGAGAUCGAUGCUGCCAUCAAAGCUCACAAGUCCUUCUGCAUCACGGACAAGGCCGCCAUGAAGGUCAUCCUCAUUGGGAUGAAGCCUGGAAAGAAGAAGGUCCUCAAAGAUAAGGGCCAUGGCACAUCAGCCAAGGAUCCAGGCAAGGCACGAUCAAUGAAUAAGAGAGUUGAAGAGCUUCAGGACGUCGGUGAAGAAGUGUCGGCCAACAGCUCCUCCGAUCAAGAGAGUGACCCAACGUCUCCCGUGCCUGGGCGAAGAGGCACCUCUUCCAACAGAUUAAGUCCUUCGGCCUUUCCGAACAACCACCUUAGCCCAAACGUAUCUCCAAGGUCCAGUCCCUGGAGCAGCCCUUCUUCCCUACGCAAAAUUUCCAGGACGUCUCCGCUGGCAGAAGAUGGCAAAGGGUUUCUGACCACGAGUCCAGAGAUGUCAAAAAGAUGUGCCGAUUACUCUUCAGACAGUAGCACCACUCCUUCAAGCAGCCCCUGGGUCCAGCGCCGGCGGCAAGCCCGGACUCUGGCGCGGGAGCAGACGCCUGUUGGUAGCCCUGAGCCCAGCCCCAAAGCGACCAACCCGGUCGGACUGCCCGUUGGUGUGUUGCGUUUGCCCAGGGCGGCUGAUGGGACGAAGGGGUUUUAUAACCGUCGCGGAAGGGACAAGGUCGCCAACAACGAGUAAGCUGUGUUCUUAUCCAGCAGGGACGCGCCGCAUCAUUUCCAACGACCGAUGAAUUGUUUGCACGAGGAAUGCCCUCGAAACCCUUGGCCCAAGGGUUGUCCUCCUCUUUUUUUUUAACAAAAGCCUUUGUAUCUUCGUGGCUUCGCUGGUGUUGUCUGAAGCCUUCCUGCCUGCCCUUGAAGUUGCGCCAUCAUUGCUAUUUUCAACGCCAGCUGUAGCCAAGCAUUUGACGGGCCAGACUUUCGUUUUGCCAACGCCUGUUUUGAAAAACGGCCAAGCAUGAAUAUAUUUAGUCAGGACAGUGAGCUGAGAUGCGUUUGUGCCUCCAGGGGCAGGUUGAAGUCUUCUGCUUUUGCGCUCUUCCGUUGCUUCUGAGGAACCCUUGAGCUUCCGAGACAGCGCUUUGUCCAAGGUUGGAAAGACGCUUCCUAGCCUAGUAUCCAACCAGGCAGGGCGUUUUUGGUGGUACAAAAUAAACAACACACGUGCUUAAAACGGUC